AUGAAUAAUUUAUUUAAAUUAAUUCUUGUUUUAUUACUUAUUUUUGAAUUCCCUUAUGAAAGCAAAGCAGUUGAACGUUUAUUUGGAGUUCCAUUAGACUUUAGUCUAAAUUUAAGGAAUAUAUUCUCAAAAUUGAGAAAACGAAAUAGACAUAACAGAAGAAAAAAUAAAAAAACAACAACAACGAUGGCAACAACAACAUCAACAUUGACGACAACAUCAAUGAUGAUUGAAACAUCCACAGCACCAACUGAUUUCCCAUAUGUAGAUGAAUUCGAUCCAUGUAAUGAAAUACUGUUUUAA